GAUUGUAUCAUAAUAUUUAUAUAUUUAUAUUUUACUAGCUCGUGCAUUUUUUUGGGAAAUAAGACAUAAGUAUUGUUUAAAAUGUUUAAAUUGCUUGAUGGUGCACUAUUUCGGCAAUAUGUGGUGGUUUUUGCAUUAAACCUGAAUUUCCUCGCCUACGGUCUUGGCUCGAACUGGCCGUCUCCCGUGUUGGUGAAGCUAGCUGAUCCCACGGAAACCAUACUCCCAAAGCCCCUGGAUCCAACGGAAGCAUCUUGGAUUGUUUCUAUAUACUUCCUUUUAGGAGCAGCAGGCUACUUGGUGGCAUUUACUUUGGUAGAUGUCAUAGGACGUAAGAAAUGCGUGCUCCUAUCCAGCGUCAUCAAGUUGGUGUCAGCUCUGCUAUUCCUGUUCGGGAACGAUGUAUGGAUGCUCAUGCUAGGCAGGGCCGUCAUUGGCACGGCGGAUGGCAUCAUACUGUGUGUAAUACCGGUGUACGCUUCAGAAAUUGCCAGUAAAGAAGUCCGUGGCGCCCUCGGCACGAUGCUGCAGGUCUUCUCCUCCAUUGGCACAGUGAUUAUGCUCAGCGUUGGACCUUUCAUCUCCUACUUUGAACUGAAUCUCAUGCUGAUGUUGCUAGUUUUGGCGACCAGCAUUCCUACACUUUUCUUACCUGAUAGUCCUAACUUCUUGUUUUCUAAAGUUGGACCCGAAGCCUCCAAAAAUGUCCUCAUUUUCCUGCGAGGCUCUGAGCAUCGAGCCGACGAAGAUAUAAAAGAAUAUGCCGCAAACAGAACUGACGAGAAAGUCAGCCUACGGAUCAUUUUCCGUAACAAAUUGUUCCAGAAAAGUCUUGCGAUGACUGAAUUUAUUUUUAUCAUGGUCUUGUUGACAGGAUUUAAUUCUGUAACAUCGUAUCUUCAAACUAUUUUGGAUACGACGCAGACGAACGUAAGGUCAGAAGUGGCGUCAGGGAUUAUUGGUGCCAUUAAUGUCGUAGCCAGUCUUUCGACUCUGAUGACUACUGAUAAGUUUGGAAGGAAGCCUAUUUUAGUCUCCACUUUAUUUGGAAUGACUGUUGGCAUGGUCGGCCUUGGUACAUUUUUCAAGCUUACACGAGAUGAAACUGAAAUUUCGGGCUUUUUAAACUUCCUGCCACUUCUAUCCCUACUUCUGAUAGUUUUCUGCUACAGUGCAGGCACGGGCUCCCUCGUCUGGUUACUCAUAACGGAGCUCUACGACGACCGCUCCAGAGGUGUCGGUGUAGCUUCUACACUUCUCUUGGCAGCCGUCCCAUCUUUCCUCUGCGUUCGAUAUUUCACAGCUCUCAUAGACGCUAUCGGACCGACGCCCACGUUCUGGAUCUCGGCUGCGUUUUGCGUCAUACUAGCGAUGUUUGUGGCAUUUAAAUUGCCAGAGACUAAAGGAAAGAGCUUUACGGAAAUUCAACAUGAGUUGGGGAAUAAGGAUAAGCUGACGAGUACUCGGAUUUGAUGUAUUAAAGAAAUUUGACAGAGAAA